AGCCGCCACCACCACCGCCGCCGCGGCUUGCUGGCGAGCCCCACCGGCCCGCGUUACCGCUCUGCGCGCUCCCGGCACCUCCCCGGCUGCAGCAGCCGGAGAAAGCGAAAGCCAGGCGGCCCCGGCACCCGCGAUCGCGCCGGCUCUGUGCUCCGAGGGCCGUGUUCACUGGGUGCCUACUUCAGGGCUGUGCGCACCUCGCGGGGAGCGGGUGGGAGCUGCAGGGCCCCCGGGCUUUGGGCAGCUGCUGCUCGGCCUUGGCGGAGGCUCGUUCCAGCUCGCCGUUCGGUCGCUGGCCUGGCCCGUGAGCCGCGCGCAGUAUGGGCAGAUGCUGCUUCUACACGGCGGGGACACUGUCUCUGCUGCUGCUGGUGACCAGUGUCACGCUGCUAGUGGCUCGAGUCUUUCAGAAGGCGGUGGACCAGACGAUCGAGAAGAAUAUGAUACUACAAAAUGGCACCAAGAUCUUUGAUUCCUGGGAGAAGCCCCCCCUGCCUGUGUACAUCCAGUUUUAUUUCUUCAAUGUCACCAAUCCUGAGGAGAUUCUCCGAGGAGAAAUUCCCCUACUAGAAGAAGUGGGGCCAUAUACCUACAGGGAGCUCCGGAACAAGGCGAACAUCCAGUUUGGAGAAAAUGGAACAACUAUAUCUGCUGUCACCAAUAAGGCAUAUGUCUUUGAACGAAACCAAUCUGUUGGAGACCCUACCGUUGACUUGAUUAGAACAAUAAAUAUUCCUCUGUUGACUGUUGUGGACCUGGCCCAGCUGCCCCUCCUCCGGGAGAUCAUCGAGGCCAUGCUGAAAGCCUAUCAGCAGAAGCUGUUCGUGACUCACACUGUACAUGAACUGCUCUGGGGCUACAGAGAUGAGAUCUUGUCCCUCAUCCACAUUUUCAAACCUGACAUCUCCCCUAAUUUUGGCCUGUUCUAUGAGAGAAAUGGAACUAAUGACGGGGAGUAUGUUUUUCUGACUGGAGAGGACAAUUACCUUAACUUUACAAAAAUUGUUGAGUGGAAUGGAAAAACGUCACUGGACUGGUGGACCACAGAUACGUGCAAUAUGAUUAACGGGACAGAUGGAGAUUCUUUUCACCCAUUGAUAAACAAGGACGAGGUCCUGUACCUCUUCCCGUCUGACUUCUGCAGAUCAGUGUAUAUCACUUUCAGUGGCUUUGAGAAGGUAGAAGGCCUGCCUGCUUUUCGGUAUAAGGUGCCUGCAGAAAUACUAGCCAAUACCUCUGAAAAUGCUGGCUUUUGUAUACCCGAGGGAAACUGCAUGGACUCAGGAGUGUUGAACGUCAGCGUCUGUAAGAAUGGUGCACCCAUUAUCAUGUCUUUCCCACACUUUUACCAAGCCGACGAGAAGUUCGUCUCUGCCAUAAAAGGCAUGCGCCCAAACAAGGAAGAACAUGAGUCAUUUGUGGACAUUAAUCCUUUGACUGGAAUUAUUUUAAGAGGGGCCAAGAGAUUCCAGAUCAACACUUACGUUAGGAAACUGGACGACUUUGUUGAAACGGGAGACAUCAGGACUAUGGUUUUCCCAGUGAUGUAUCUCAAUGAGAGUGUUCUCAUUGACAAAGAAACUGCAAGACAACUAAAGUCUGUGAUCAACACGACUUUGGUUGUCACCAACAUACCCUACAUCAUCAUGGCACUGGGUGUGUUCUUUGGCUUGGUUUUCACGUGGCUGGCGUGUCGAGGACAGGGGUCUAUGGAUGAGGGAACCGCAGAUGAAAGAGCACCCCUCAUACGAACCUAAUGGAACUUACCUGUGGCCUGAGCUUGGUGAGAGAAUGUGAGAACUGCCCCAACCUGGACCAGGACAGGGGAAACCCUGCAUCCUCACAGGCUCCUGGCCUGUCAAGAAGGAAGUGCAGCACUGGCAAGUGAGAAGACCCUCCUGGUCAGAGGGAAAUGAGCAGGGUGACAUGGCUGGCAAUUAUGCUUUAUAAAAUCAUGUCUCUAGAAAUGUGUUCAUAUGUCUAGAGAGUUUUUAAUAAACUUGUGUAGAAACCUUUUGUGGUUAGGCUCUGGGAGCUGAGGGGAUUUCGUGACCCCUGCUGUAGAUACAAUGUCUGAGUCACAUGUUAAUGUUACUUGGCCUGACCCAAUUCAGUACACUUCAUUCUCCAAACUUUGUGUUCAAAAUAUGUAUGUGUUUCUGUUGUUGUUCCCUAUUCACCUCCUGACACAGAAAGAUGUGGUACCCAGGGUAGAAUGAUAGCUUCAUACAAUGUACCAAGCAAAUGGGUCUGAUUUCCUUUAUUAAAACAUUACAUUUUGCAUCUCCCUCUAAUCUUCAGGCAAAUAACUCAAGUCUUUUGACUGUUUUAUAGUGUGUAGGAAUCAAGUGGGAGAAGGGGUGGGGUGGGGUGGUGUCUGUAAGUAGGCAGCAUUGAGCUCCUGAGGAUUUUUAGUUGUGCUUUUGUGAAGCAAGAGGUUGCACCAGGAAUAUUGGUGAGGGUAAGACAGACAUUUCAUCUAGAAUAGAGUUUGAUGUUAGUUAUGGCAUCUAUAGGCUAACUGUCAGUUUUAGUCAAAGAUGUCUGGAUGUAGGACAGAAUCAAUGACUUCCACACCCCAAGCCACAUAGGAUAGUGACACAGAAUGACAGUGUCUGCAAAUAGUGAGGGGUUAUUUGUAAAAUGAAGAAUGAUGGAAGUCCGUCUGCCAGUAGCUUACAUUACAGAUAGAUCCAGGAAGUCUGCACACAUUAGAGAGACAUUCCUUCUGGACCCAGCCGGUGUGUUGUGGCUCCUUGUCACUAAGUGCCCCCUGCUUCCUGUGACAGUCAUGUUGUGACAGAUGGACAAGUGUUAGACUGCUAGACAGAUGGCACUUCAGAUAAGGAGUCGUGAGAAGAUGCCAAGCUGCUUCUCUUUGGAAGGCAAUGGCUUCCAGUGUAGGACUAAGGACAUUAGUGUCAUAGCGGUAGGACCUCAGCUAUCCUGGAGGGCACUGUCCAUGAUUCUCACAGUCCACCUUUUUAGUUUUUUUUUUGGUUUUACUUUAGGAUUUGUGUGUGUGUGUGUGUGUGUGUGUGUGUGUGUGUGUGUGGCUUGGUUUUUGAGAUAGGGUUUCUCUAUUCAGCCAUGGCUGUCCUGGAACUCGCUCUAUAGACCAGACUGGCCUCAAACUCACAGAGAUCUGACAGCCUCUGCCUCCUGAGUGCUGGGAUUAAAGGCUUACCCCAUUGAUUUUUUUUUUUCAAGGAAACCUAUACAUUAUCUGGCUAGCUGCUUAUAGAAUUUCCUGAAAACUGAAUUUCAAUGUAUUUUAAAAAUUUUUUAAACUGAGACAUCACAUACAUAUUGGAAAUAAAGCAUUGCUUUAAUACACAGGCCCAAAUUUUCCUCUCUUGACACAAAAGCAAUAUACAAUGUUUCCCUUUUUAAAAAAAAAAAAAUUUGGUAUUUUUUGAGACAGGGUCUAUGUAGUCCUGGCUGUUCUGGAACUCACUAUGUAAACUAGGCUGGCCUUGAACUCAGAGAUCUGCCUGCUUCUGUGUCAUGAGUACUGGGAUCCAUGAGCCACCAUGCUUAGCUGAUGUUUCCCUUCUAGAGAGACAAUGUGUUAAAUUUUCACCUUUCCUACUAAUCAAAGUAGAAAUAUUAGAUACCCAAGUCGCCAAAAAUGUGAAACUAAACUGAAAAUAUGACCUUAAAAAUAUAACACAUAUUUUUAAGACUUUGCCAAUAUUUAACUAGGUAGUUGGCAUAUCUUAGUCUUCAUGCUUCAUGACCGGGUCUCACUCUGUAGUUCAGGCUAGUUUGGAACUCACUAUGUAGCAUAAGUUGACCUUGAAUUUAUAGUGAGCCUACCUCAGCCUCCCCAGUGCUGAGAUUACAGGCACGCACUACACCUGUCUCAGCCUCCGCAGUGCUGAGAUUAUACGCACGCACCACACCUGUCUCUAUGCACCUACUUAUCCACACUGAUAAAUUGAUAAGCUAGUGCAUACUAAUUGGUUCAUUCCUAUUUUCAGGAUAUAAUCAUCUCUGAGGAGAUUUUUUAAACACAGAAAUUAUAGCAGUUAAUGAUGUACAUAGUAGACUGAAUCACACAUAGAAAAGGGAGACCAAAAACAGAUUAGUUCUUUAUCAGUGCCAUGGUUGUUAAUAGCAGUGGUUCACUUGGUGUUUUCUUUCUAAAAGGUCCAUGGCAAACCCACAAGGCACAGUCGAAAUUAUAGGUUGAUUAACAAACAUACCCAUUCAGUGUGGGGCUGAAAAUAGCAAGCUCUUCCCUGCGCUCAUUCUUCUGAGGGCAUUAUCCUGGACAGUCCCCAAAGGCUGUGGUCAUCAGCAUUCUCACGCCACAGAGUGGCAGGGAACUGGGAGAGCACAGGGUGGGGGGUGGGCUUUUCCACAUAGGCUCUAGGCUCCACCCAGUGGGCUUUACUUCCUGUUUUCUACAGAGAUCACUAAUUGUCAAAUGGGACAAGCAGUAUACAACUAACCCCUAUUGGGGUUUUUGCUUAAGGGGGAUAAUGUUUAACUGGUUGUUUGUGGUGUGAAUUCUUCAAAAGGCCCUCUGAGCAUUGUUACUGGUGUCAGUCGCUUGUGCCUGGCUUUAAAAAGAAUGACCAGAAUGUUCUUCAUGUGGCUUACAGGGUUGGUUCAUUUGCUGUGCUUCUUGACCUGGUUUCAUUUCUACCCAUAAUACAAUGAAAUGUUUCACUAAUUAAAGAAAGUUUCUAGAAA